AUGACAGCAUUAUCACAGGAAGAGAUCUUACAAAGUACACGUACAGUUUUACAGGGUUUGGAAGCACUGAAGGAUGAGCAUGAAUCGAUCAAGGGUACAUUGGUGAGUAGUAUUCAAGGAUUGCAUGCUGAUGAAUCGGCACUUAUUGAGGAAAAGACACAUAUUGUGGACAGAAAUUUGGAAAUGUUACGCUUAGGCAUCGAAGAAGCUCAGGUUAUGAUGGCAUUAGCUGGUCAUCUACAGACAGUAGAAGCCGAGAAACAGAAGUUGAAAGCGCAAGUACGAAGACUUUGUCAAGAGAAUGCAUGGCUUCGAGAUGAAUUAAAUUCAACGCAGCAAAAGCUGCAAGCCACUGGACAGCAAGUAGCACAAUUGGAAGAGGAAAAAAAGCACUUAGAAUAUAUGAAUUCGAUCAAGAAAUAUGAUGACCAACAGGAAAAUGACAAAACCAUGGAUCAGAACGACAAUCGUAAUGACAACACUCUUCAGGAUUUAGGUUUUGGUCCAGAAGAAGACGAGGAAAUAAGUGGACACAUGUCUGGGCAAUUUGCACAUCCCACACCUGCUCAUUCGAUGGCAGCAAGUGCAUCUGCUGGCUAUGAAAUUCCAGCUCGUCUUCGAACUCUGCACAAUUUGGUAAUACAAUAUGCAUCACAAGGACGGUAUGAAGUAGCAGUACCUCUUUGUAAGCAAGCUCUGGAAGAUUUAGAGAAGACUAGUGGGCACGAUCAUCCAGAUGUCGCAACUAUGCUUAAUAUUCUAGCUCUUGUUUACCGUGAUCAAAACAAGUAUAAGGAAGCAGCUAACUUAUUAAACGAAGCAUUACAUAUACGUGAAAAAUGUCUUGGUGAAAAUCAUCCCGCUGUUGCGGCAACACUCAAUAAUCUGGCAGUGUUAUAUGGGAAACGGGGUAAAUAUAAGGAUGCAGAACCACUUUGUAAGAGAGCUUUGGAAAUCCGAGAAAAUGUGCUGGGCGCCGAUCAUCCAGAUGUUGCUAAGCAAUUAAAUAAUCUUGCUUUGCUUUGUCAAAACCAGGGUAAAUAUGAUGAAGUCGAAAAGUUUUACAAACGUGCACUCGAAAUCUAUGAAACAAAAUUAGGUCCCGAUGAUCCGAAUGUAGCAAAAACGAAAAACAACCUUUCAUCAGCUUAUUUGAAGCAAGGGAAAUAUAAGGAUGCUGAAAUCCUCUACAAACAGAUCUUAACUCGUGCUCAUGAACGUGAAUUUGGGAAAGUAGCGGAUGACAAUAAGCCAAUUUGGCAAAUUGCUGAAGAUCGUGAAGAGAAUAAACAUAAAGGAGGUGAUACAAGCUCGUAUCAAGAAUAUGGUGGUUGGCACAAAGCUGCAAAAGUUGACAGUCCAACAGUAACCACCACGUUAAAGAAUCUUGGAGCAUUGUACAGACGUCAAGGGAAGUACGAAGCAGCGGAAACUCUUGAAGAUGCUGCAUUGCGAGCAAAGAAGCAGUGCUUGGAUGCAGCUCAUCAAGCGAAAGUAGCUCGCUUGAUUGCCGAACAUACAACUGAUUUAUCACCACCUCAUGAAGGUGUUGAGCAUGAACCGCCUGUGUCUGGUCAUCAGUCAGCAUUAACAGCUACUAGUACAUAUGCGGAUGAUUCGUUAAUGUCACCUACUACUACUACUGCUACUGCUUCACAAAUACAUCGUGGUAUGACUCAAUCACAAUCAUCAUCUGGUUUAAAAUCACGUUUAUUCAAUGCACUUGGUCUACAACAGCAACAACAACAACCACCACAAACUUAA